CAUAUCCUCUGGCCUCUCAACUUUGCACCCUGUCUGUUUGCACCAGUUCUUCAUUACUGACGCCAGGCAAGAUGUCUGCAACCCGUUACCGGCGCUUUCUGCGGCUCUGCGAAGAGUGGCCGGUAGAUGAGACAAAACGGGGCCGGGACCUCGCCACGUUUCUCCGGCAGAAGGUGGCCCUGGCGUUCCGCGAAGGGGAGAGUACGCAGAUCGCAGAUCCGGAGAAGUGUGAUCAGAUGUAUGAGAGCUUAGCUCGGAUCCACGCCAAUGUCUAUAAAGAGAAGUUCCCUCGUGUCCGAGACACCAGUUUUACAGGAGUGACGGUAGAGGAGUGCAGAGUUGUGUUAGCCACAGACAGCAUGCAACAAAUGGAGGACAUGAAGAAGGGGAUUUGGACGAAGCUGAAGGAAAGGUUUUCCUCGAAGGCUCCGGAAGAGGGCGCUAAGGAGUGACCCCACACUCUCGCUCUUCCGAACCGCACAUGUUGUAUGCACUGCUCGCCUGUAUAUUGCCAUUUUUCAAAUAUUAAGCGUAAUAAAUCUUUUCUUUUGAUGAGA